GCAGGUUUCUCCAUCAAGAAGAAGCUGUUCUUCCGGAACUUUCUGACGGUGGUGCUCUUCGGUGUGGGCGGCACCCUGGUUACUGCGGCGGUGCUGGCGGCCGGGUCGUACAGGCUCCUGGAAGCGGGUGAGGCGGGGGGAGAACGGGGUUCCUCCCUGGCCCUGGGUGCCGUACUCAGCUGUACGGACAGCGUGGCGGCGCUACAGCUUCUUCACCGGGACCGGGAGCGGGUUCCAGUGCUGUACUCCUUGUUGUUCGGAGAGGGGGUGGUGAAUGACGCUACUGCCAUCGUACUGCUGGGUACUAUCAUGAACCUGCCGUACACGUCGUACAAUUCGGACAACACGCUGAGUCCUCGCGCAGUGGGUGUGUUGGUGUUGCGGUUUGUUCGCCUCUUCGCUCUGAGUACAGCACUGGGCCUCGGUGUGGGGGUGGUCAGCGCCGCCAUCGUCCGCCCCGAUCAGGAGGUUCUGACAGUGGCCUUGCUUGGCCUGGUGGCGUACUUCCUGGCAGAGGGACUGCAACUGUCUGCCGUACUGUCCGUAUUCUUUUGCGGGAUAGCCAUGAGCCACUACACCUGGCACAACCUG